GGAGGGAGAGAAAGGAUGGAUAGAAGGAGGGAGGGUGAGGAGAACAUAGGAGGAGGAGGGCAUGAUCAGAGACUGGAGGCAGGUUCUGGUGCAGUUUAAAUAACUACCCAUAUAGGGCUCAGCUCUCCAUCUCUGAUCACAGCUCUCUCUGUCUGCUUCCCUCUGUCGCUCCCUUUCUUUCUCUCUGUCUGCCUCUGUUUCUCUGCAGCUUUGUUGGACCCCGUCUCUUUGUGCAACUGCAUGUACGACUGAACCUCCUGCAUCUCAACGCAACAAACAGACAAGACUUUUAAACAUCUAACAUCUCAAAGAAAGAAAAAAGACCGAGCAUCCACCAUGGAGGCCAUCAAGAAGAAAAUGCAGAUGCUGAAACUGGACAAGGAGAACGCCAUCGACCGAGCAGAGCAGGCAGAGACGGACAAGAAGGCAGCAGAGGACAAAUGCAAGCAGCUGGAGGAGGAGUUGCUGGACCUCCAGAAGAAGAUGAAGCAGACAGAAGAUGAACUGGACAAAUUCUCUGAAGGCCUGAAAGAUGCUCAGGAAAAACUGGAACUGUCUGAGAAAAAAGCUGCAGACGCGGAGGGUGAUGUAGCAGCUCUGAACCGUAGGAUCCAGCUGGUGGAGGAGGAGUUGGACCGAGCCCAGGAGAGACUGGCCACAGCGCUGCAGAAGCUGGAGGAGGCAGAGAAGGCUGCAGAUGAGAGCGAGAGAGGGAUGAAGGUGAUCGAGAACCGAGCGAUGAAGGACGAGGAGAAGAUGGAGAUUCAGGAGAUGCAGCUGAAGGAGGCCAAACACAUUGCAGAGGAGGCCGAUCGCAAAUAUGAGGAGGUGGCUCGUAAACUGGUGAUCUUGGAGGGAGAGCUGGAGAGAGCUGAGGAGAGGGCCGAGCUCUCAGAAUGUAAAGCCAGUGACCUGGAGGAGGAGCUGAAAAAUGUGACCAACAACCUGAAGUCCUUAGAAGCCCAGUCUGAGAAGUACUCAGAAAAAGAAGACAAGUAUGAGGAGGAGAUCAAAGUUCUGACUGACAAACUGAAGGAGGCUGAAACCCGUGCGGAGUUUGCAGAGAGGACAGUGACCAAACUGGAAAAGUCCAUUGAUGACCUGGAAGAGAAACUAUCACAUGCCAAAGAGGAGAACCUGGGCAUGCACCAUGUCCUGGACCAGACCCUCCAGGAGCUCAACAGCUUAUAAACACACAGAGAAGAGGAAUCUUCAGAGGAUGAGAUCGUCAUUAACAUUCCAUUAAACGUUCGACUCCAUUCCACAUUUUGAGCUGUAAAAUCUUUAUUCCCCAUGUAAGGGGGGAUUAACUUAAUGCUUGUCCCUUGAUAUUUUUUUUUCUAAGGCACAACUUUUUUUUCCUUUUCUUUUUUUAAACAUGGGAAAUCAUUUCGAACCCAUUGCUUCUUCUUCUUUUUUUUUUUUUUUAAUCUCCAGCUGUGAUUACAUUAAUUCAUUGUUGACCACUUAUUUAGAAAGAACUGGCAAUCAAUUCUCCCAAAGAAACAUUAGAUUUGGUCACUCAACAUUCAGUUUUACAUGUAAUGUGCACAUAAUUUGCCUCUGUCUGAUUAUUAUAAUACACAGGCUACAGAUGGCAUGGGGUUUAUCAAGGGCUACACUAGUGUGGCUCUGGAGCACCACCCAGUGGUGAUUGGAAGGUAGUGUUUUCUGACUGUUGUCCCAGCAAGAGGCCGGCACACACUCCUCUAAUGUGUGCCUGUAUCAACAAUAUCCUCCUUAAUCUGUUUUUAUUUAACAGAAUAAUGGUUGAAUGACAGGUAAGCUAAUGGAAAGGUUUUAUUCAUAUGUACAAUCAAGGCACAUGCUGCUUGGUGACUUCAGGCUUCUUACAUUUAAUUAAAAUGCAACGCCUCUUCUGCCAAGUGCUGAUUAACCUGAGACAAGCUGAAUAUUUGGGAACCUGCAGAAGCUGAGAGCUGUGCGUUUACAGUGUCUUUACCUUUCCCUUAGCUUGACCUGACCACUGACACCUCAUGCACCAUUAUUACGCCACAAUGUAGCCAAUAUUUACUAGAUUUACAUGUUGUAUUACAUGAGCGAGCUAAGCCCCAAACCACUGGAAGCUCAGUCAAGUUUUAUCAACCAUGGAUACUUAUUGUAUAUAGUAGAAUAAUGUUAGGUAUGUGAGAAGUUGUAAUGCUUUGAUCUAUUUUAUUUUUUUUUUUUCCAUUUACACCACUUCUUUUUCCCAGGGGACCUCUCAAGACCAAAGAACACACAGACAAUUAAACCUUAAAAUGUUUUAUUUUUUCUUUGAUGGUUUCAUCUCACGCCAGGGCCAAGGAAAGCCCCCUCACAUUUGAUCGAUGCCAUUUUGAAAUAUUUCAGUCACCAUCCCCCUCCAUGUCAACUUAAUAAAUGUUUUACAGAAAUCCUG